AUGGGACUCGAGAUACUUCCCAGUUCUUUUGCUCUUCAGAGCCCAGUACUUACUUCCCUAUUGGACCAAGGCGAAGAAUUGUUCCUAGUACGCUACCGAGGCUUGCUUGACAGUUCUGGUUUCAGGACUUUCGUCAUCAGCAAAAAUAUACCUGUCCCAGUAUCUAUUGUAGAGGCGAAAGUAAAUCCCCUCUGGUGGGAGAUAAAUCCUGUAGUGGGUUACAUUGCUUUCAGCGGUUCCUUCUAUGCGUUGACCGGACCUGAGGGAUUCAAGCGAAUCAUUCCAGCUGAAACCAUGGUAAACAGUGUACAAGAUCGAGAGGACUUGAUUGAGCGGUUUGUGGAUGAAUAUGUGCUUGUCACCUUUUCUAUGGGGCUUCAAGGUUAUUAUGACUUCCUACAACGUAACCUCUCGAUGAAACCAUGA